UUCAAAUUGAGGGGGUUAGAGGUAGCCUUCAUCUAGAGGUAUUUUUGUUUAUGGUUAUCUUAUUAGUUAUUUUGUUGUGAUAUUAUUGUUUGAUACUAAAUCGUGUAUAGAAUAGUAAUUUAAUUUUAAUUUAGAAGUAUUUAUUUAACUUAAUUUAAAUUAGUAUCAGUCACUAUUUUUUUGUAGUAAUAAAUUCAUUCAGGCACAAUCACUGUGUUGCCAACAUUAUUGAAAUUUCUAUGACGGUCUAAAAUGUAGUCAUGAUAACAAUCUAUGUUUAAAUGUUUAGAGUAAAUAUCAAAGGCUAUUUCCUAAUGUAAAUUUUCUUGAUACGUUUCUAUUAUUUUAUAUACCAUAUUUUUUAAAUGCUUGUAUUUGACUGUGAAGUCAUAGAUGUAAUUAAUCCUAGUUAAAAUGGGGGCAAACUUCAUUCCAAUUAGGUUAUAGUUUCCACAAAUUUGAAAAGGCUUAAACAUAGAGCUAUGCAAGCUAUAAGUUACGAUAAUUCUAUCCAAACAGUAGACCUUAUCAGUCAUUGUUAUUAGUGGUGGUUUUAUGAUGGCCCAUAUUUUAGAUGAUGAGGUGCAUCAAAUUGUUUUAUCGGUGGCUUGACAACAACUGCUAUUUAUUAUGUGGAAGCAAAAUUGUCAUUUUAGUUUAACAAUUCAACCCAUAUUGCAAUAAGACACAAUGAAAUUAUCUGUGCCACAAAUACGCAAGUAGAGACGUGAGAUUAUAAAUAAUUAUUACUCGAUAACGCAUACAUUUUUGAUCAACAAUAUAUAUCAUUAGUUCGUCUCAAUGAGACAGUCGUCUAGACCUGGAACAUUUGUCACACAUGUUUUAAUGAUGAUACAAUUCAAUGGACGAUAACUUGGGCACUUAUUCAAGUUGCGUAGAAGAAGGGAAGCCUAUGAUGAUGCAGAUAAUAAUGUUGCAGAUGACGACCUCAACUAAUUUGUUAGAACACUUCAAAUAACAUUGAAACAGCUGAUGCAGUGUUGGAAAAUAAUAUUGUCAUGCACAUGAGCAAAUCAACACAAGAAUGGGAAGCAGAAUGUAUGCACGAUCCUCUAACAUAAAAUAAUGAUAGAAUCAAUGAUGGAGUUAUUCUCCCCAAUCUUGCAGCUGACAUGAUAUUUACCAACAAAAUGAUCUUCAAAUUGCAACAAUUAGUUAGUCCACCACCAAAAAUGUGAGAAACCGAAAGAAUGCAUUAAACGAGAGGAGAUUAAUUGUUGAUUGCGUGCUGCAUGAUGACCCGUGUAAACUAUAUUCUUGGCAUUUGCAUGCUUCUAGGAGUCAACGAUUUUAUAAUGUUUGUAGAAUAUCUAGUAUUGAUAUUUAUUAUAGUCAAACUCAUCCAAUUUUAAAUGCUGAUUUAUUUAAUUAUACUUCAAUAUUUAUUUAUCACUAUAUUACAAUCGCAAUUUUCCAAUAUAUAGAUAUAAAGUUGAAGAAGAUUAUAGGACAGAUGGAGUUUAAAUUUAACAUUAGAAUAUUGUACAUUAAAGCAUGUUUAUUUUUGAUAGAUUGGAGGAGUCAUAUCGUUCUAUCUAUAGAUUUAUGGAAGCUCUGCAUAGCACUCUUUUUGGUAUUAUAUAUACAAUUGAUACAAUUGACCAUCACUGUUUCCAUUUUAAGUUUUGGGCCUUUGUGCCAUUUAAAUCUAGUUGGACAUUCGGUCUGUGGUUAGUAUAGAUGAUACUUUUUUGCCUGAAAAAUAUGGGGGAAUAUUACUGUCCGCAAUUUAUAUGAACGCAAAUAAUGAUUUAUUCCCCUUUAUCAUUUAUCAUUAUUGAGAGCAAAAGUAAUGAUUCAUGGAUAUGUUUUUUGAGAACAUUGAAUGACUUAGUAAUGCCUAUACGGUCUCAUAGAGACAUAUAUAAUUUCUGAUAGAUAUUUUGGACUUAGUCCUGGUUGCUGUGAAUUAUUUUUAUAGGAUGUAUAUCGCCAUUAUUUACACCAUUUGCAUGAAAAUUUAAGAAAUCAUUAUUUAUAAUGGUUGCACUAAAUGUUUUAAUGGAUUGUGUUAUAAGAUGCACUGUGCAGAGAACAGUGACGAUGUUUCUAUCUUUAAUUCUGAAUUAAAAGAAAUAAAAAUUAUGAAUGCAGAGGCAUAUGAUUGGUUGAUUCAGAGAGAUCUAUUUAAAUGGGACUUGGUCUUAAGUAAUUGUGGUGGAUUUAAAUGGGACAGCAUGCCUUAGAGAAUUUAAACAAUGUAUUGAAGUAUGCAUGUGGUUUGCCUAUUCAAGCACUAGUUCAAGCUAUUUAUUACAUUGCAGUCUCUUUGAUUGUUAGGCGCUCUAAUGAUGCAUCGAAUUUACUUCAAGCAAAUGACUCUUCGUUUUCACCAAGAAUAAAUGUGUAAUACAGAUAUAUGAGACUGUUGUAUGCUUUUCCUUGGAACCAGCUCAAGCAUUCACCAGCUCAAGCAUAUCAUAUCGUGUACAGUUCAGCAAUUUUGGAGAAUGUAGUUGCAUGUGUAGUCUAUCAAAAACCUAUAAUUUGCCCUGCUCACGAGUUAUCUCCGUUCUUAGAAAAGGACGUAAUCAUUACAAUUUUGUUUUACAAUACCACACAAUUGAUAUCUUCCGAAAGACCUGCACAUUUAUAUUUCAUGUUUAAUGCUUCGAAUGAGUUACAUGGUUUGGGUUUUGUCUAAGCUGAUGGUCUUGUUGAAAUGUUACCUCUCAUUUAUGUAAGAAGUGGUAGACAAAGUAUGAGAAGAUUUAUAAAUACCAUGGAUGAACACAGACUAAGUAGUAGGAUGUGCUCACACUGCCAAACAUCUGAGCAUAACAAAUCGACAUGCCCAAGAUUUAAAAAGAAUUCAAUGGAUGGAUGAAGCGGGGCCCUCGAGAACUUGAUGCAGCUGAAGACAACAAGAUAAGAUGUCGAGCGAGCCUAUGGAGCUUGCACCUCCAGAGUUUCACCCUAGCAUAGCAUGCCUAUGUUGUUCACACAGGGUUGCACAUUUAGAUAUGAUAUUUUCUUUAUCUUCAUAUGGAGCAUAUGUUCGCCCCAUGCCUUAUUCAAAUGAAGUUGGUUUACGGAUGCUUAUAGGCGGGGCAUCACGUGAAGCAGCUGCUUCAGGUUUUCUUGUUUCACCGCUUUUCUCUUACUACUCUUAUCAUGGUCCUGUAUUCAGAGUAAUGCUACAAGUUUUCCGUGGAAAUCUCAAUGACAGCAGUAACUAUGGCUUUAUAAGCUACUGCAAUCAAUGUGGAAAUUCUCAGACUCACCGGUGGGCUGAACUUGGGCAGAUUAGUUGCCCAUGCAGAAAUGGAAUGGUUUCCCAUUCUGUGGUUGUAUCAGGCCCUUUAUGGACUGGGCCUCUUCAUAACACUGCAUAUGUUUCCAAAAUGUUGGAAUUAGCUAGGGAGUGGGGUUGGGCAUGCAACUCGAAAAAAUGCUCUGAUGUGGAAAACAUCUUGAAUCAAAUGAUUGAUGAAAGUGACCCUCAAUUGCCUUCUGGAUACAUUAAACUGGAUGAGAUAGCUAGUAGGGCAAAAAUCAAUUCUCCUCCACUUAGUGCAAUUCUAAGUGCGUUGCGGAAGGUAUAUACAUUUUUUUCACAAGCAUUAUUAUGCGGUUCUAAAUCUUUUUAUGAGUUGUUUUUUUAUAGAAAACUAUUUUAACUUCCAUUGGAUCUGUCAUCUACAAAUAUAAGAAUUACAAGUUAGGAACCAGUAUAGUUAAGUGAAAUCUCUAAUAAUCCCAAGGUCACUGAUAAAUUUUUUUAUCUAAAAUUUAAAAGCAUAAUUUCUAGACUUAUUUCUAAUUUUAAGUUAAGAACCGGUCUUAACUAAUUCAACAUGGGUUACAUGUAAAAAAACUCUCAUGCAUCUCUUAGAUUCCCACCUCCAAUUUCAAAAGAAGUUCGAUAUGGAAGGUUUUGUAGUUGAUUGCAAGUGCGUGGGUACAAGGACCAGGAGUUUGAUAUGUAAAUCAUCACAGUUUACAAAAGGAGGUUGUCUUUUGUUUCUUAUAGACUGUAGACUUGUUUACGAAGUCAUAUAUUCUUGCCUAUUUUUUGCAUUUUGGUAGGCAAAAUCUCGUUGCUUCUUGCAGGUGCAUCGUGAGU